CCAAACGUGCGUGCUAUUUGCCAAAUUUAUUUACAGAAUUGUUAACGUAUGAACAAAAUCAAAGUUAUAAUCAAUAUUAUUCUAUUACACAUCAUAAAUAUGAAGAAGUUUCACAUGAAAAAUUGGAUAAGCUAAUAAAGUCUUUUAAACUUAGCCUUGCACAACCUUGGACACAAGAUACUCUUUGAGCUUUAUUAAUAGAAGAUUUGUAUAAGCUAAUAGAAAUGGUUAAAAAAUAUAUGGUUUAUCUUGAACAAGUCAAUAAUUCAAUGAAUAAAUUACAUAAAUCAUUAGAACCAGCAUAGAAUGGGAUAGAAAAUAUUAUGGUUAAAAUUAUUGAAGCUUGUAACCAAUCAGAUUCUAUCUAUGAUGACUUAAAUUUUGUGAUUUCAAAUUUGGAGAAUUAUAAAUAUAUUAAUAUUGAAAGAUAUCUUCCAGAACCAGGAAUGAAAAGGUAUCGGUUUAUAAAGAAUUUAGAAUUGAUAUUCCCAAUAGGUUUUUAUCAGUAUCAUGCUGGUAAUUAUCUUGGAACUACAACUUUUAUAUGGAAAAUACCAAUUGAAGUUAAUGAUCGUACAGAAACACAAAAUGCACAAACAUUAUUAUUUAUACAAGACCUUAUACCUCAUUAUUUUACACUUGCUAAAGUUACUCCAGUUUUAUUGCGUAAUUUAUAUCAUGAUUUAACUGUGGACUUAAGAAUUAAUAAUGGAUUCAAAGGAACAUCAUUUGAUAUUUUUUGGGAAGAAGUUGAUUCUUACUUUAAUGAGAAUACACCUGCUGUAGAUGAUAGGCGUCAUGGUUCUACUCUUUAUAUACCAAUAGUUCUGUCAAUUAGAGAUUUGCGAGAAUCAAUAAUAUCCCGAUUGCAAACCAGGCUUGGAAAUCCUCUUCCUUCAGAAACCAACAUUCCUAGUGAUGAGUGGAUUCGUGUUCAAUUCACUCCAAAAAAUACUCUAGCACAUUCAGUAAUUAAUUAUACUGGAAGAUUUAAUAUCAGAUAUAAAGUUCAAGCACGUCUGUUAAGAAAAGAUCAUCCAGACAGUCAUUAUUGUGCUGGAUAUUUUCUAGUAAUUGGUGAAGAAGUUGCUAUCUCAACUGGAGUUCGUAAUAGGAAAUCAUUGAUACCUGAUAACACAAUUUUGGCAGCAAGUGAUCAUGACUUUACAAAAUUAUCCUUGAUACCUUCAGUAAUACUUUUAUGUAAGAUACCUGCCUCUAUUUCAGAAUUAUUUUACCAUGGAAAAGUCUAUACUUCAUACAAAAACACAGUUUUUAAACCUAGUUCUGGAAUUCGCCAUUCCACAGAAUUCUUUUCUAUACUUUCUGAUCACUAUCUUAAUUCUACUGAAAUUCCACCUAUCAUGUAUGAUCUUUAUACUGAUAGAGGGCCUGACCAUCGAAUAACCUAUGGAUCUGUUCAAGUGUCUCUUCUGUGUUUGUUUAUUCGUGGUAAUUUUGAUAUGUUAAUAGCAAUGAGAACAGCCCCAGCACAAAGUUGGACAAAUUCAGCUGAAAGAAUAAUGUCAAUUUUAAAAUCUUGGUUUACAAGACAAGAAAUUCGUUUAGUUGCUAAAAACAAUUCACAAUUAGAAAGUGAACUUAGAAAUUCAAUUAAAUCUAUUCAGCAGCUUCUAAAUAGUCUUGCAGAUGAUGAAGAAAUUGCACGAUUUUUUGAGGCAAUUAUUUCAAUUGAUUCAACUUUGCGUUAUGAUGAGACUACACAAUUAAUACUUCAGCAACAUUCUGAUUUACAAAACUUUAUUCAAACACAUUGCUAA